GUAAACUAGUAAAAGUAAAGACGACGAUUUUACGAAGCGAAGUUCCCCUCCCAUCCCGAAAAGUUCCCCGAAAGUCAUGUUUGCGAGUUUUAAAUAAUCGUCAAACUUCUAAGAUAAGGGAUUAGGUGAUCUGGGAUGUGAAUAUCAACAAUUGGCCGUAUCAACUACAGUUUAAGUGCUUCGACCCCUGGAGUCAACACAGAACGGAGAGUGUUUGAUAGCAGUGCAGUGAUGAUUCAGUCAUGUCUGCUGUGGUGACGAGGCUGAGAUAUAUGCUGAGUUCUUGAGAUGCCGUAUGCUGUGUGCCACCAGUAGUAAUGGCUACAGACGAUGGAUUUAGCACAGACAUGACUGAAGUUCUAGCUGAGGCACUUUUGGACAACCUCAGACAAAAACCAACUUCAGAAGUGGCCCGCUUCCUUCAGACCUUCUCAGAAGAUGCCAGGAGGCAUCUCUUCCGGUUCACAGAGGGAAAUGAGAACCGACACAGCUUUCCGUAUCCAUUCCUCCAAGUUGCUUGUCAGUAUGCGAAAAUCGAUGCCGUACUGAUGUUGCUUUCUUAUGGGGCCGACCCUAGCCUUCGCACGGAAAAGGAAGGAACAGCACUAGAAGUGGCCAGCAGACAUGGCAGACUUGACAUGAUCAAGAAAUUGAUCGAGUGGGAACCAAAGCUCAUUGAAGACAGGGACAUCGUAAAGGAUCUGCUGGCCAUAGCGUGCUUCGCUGGACACCAGGACAUCACUGAGUUCUGGCUGACCAAACUGAAAGCGAUGAAGAACGGGGAAGCAAUCUGCAAGGACGAUUUUGUUGGAACCAACGAUCCGCUCAUCGCUGCCUGUAGAGGGGAGCACUAUGGCCUGGCCAUUCAUCUUCUUGAGACGCAAGUGACAGUUAUCACAAGAGAGACUGCUUUAAGAACCGGUUUGAAGUUUAAUCCUAUUCUUCAGAUGUGGUGUGAGAAGGAAACGGAUGAGACACAAGAAAAUGAGAGAUGCGAUGCAAAAUGGAGCGGUCGUCAUCUUCAUUAUUUUGACGCAGCUUGGCUGACAAGGAACCCUGAUCUUAAACGAACGUUAGUCAGAAUCAACCUAUCCCACAAUGCACUCAGUUCAAUCCCAGCGGUGUUGCUAUGGGAACUGCCAUGUUUGGAAUCCUUGGAUGUAUCCCAUAAUAAUCUGGCUGAGCUACCAGGCCCGGAGACGUUAGAGGUGCUGAAAGAAACAAGAUUGACGAAUCUGAAGGUUUCUCACAACAUUCUGCAGUUCCCUGUCCUGGAGAUUUUCAUGCAUCCUGUACUUGAGACCUUGGAUCUGUCUCACAACAAAAUCACCAGCCUAAACCACAAACGGUUCCCAUCGGAAUUAGUCUUACCAGCGGAGGAUGAAAAAGUCUGGAAAUGUAGCAACCUGAUGUCAUUGAAUGUAUCGAGCAAUUCUAUAUUACGCAUUCCUCAGUACAUCAACGCCGCAAAGAAUUUGAAGAAACUCAACGUAUCUCACAAUCGACUGAAUAAACUUCCCGCGCCAUGGGACUGCCCACUGGCAACUUUUAACGCGGCGCACAACUUUAUCACGGACGUCCCGGACAUGCACGGAUACUGGAGUCGAUCUCUCACAAACCUGGACUUCAGUUACAACAUGCUUCCGGAGAUUCCGUGGACUAUCUGUCAACUGACGGCUCUGAACUGUCUCAAGCUGACCAACAAUCAUAUCAGUAAACUGCCUGACCCUGAAUCCUGGAGCAUCUACAGUCUUAGGGACUUGAUUUUGUCGUGCAAUCGACUUGUUUUUGUGGAGAAUACAGCACCUGCUAGCCCUAAGAGGAAGAGUUCCAACCUGUCUGCCAAGUUGAACUUCAAACGAGACAGCGGCGUGUCCUCGACGACGUUCUACUCCGAUUCCUCUAGUGCCGGUAGCGACUCAGCAACUACCAUUGUCUUCCCAGAAUGCUUCAGUGAUUGUCUGAUGACCCUUGACCUCAAGAAUAAUCGUCUACGGGAUGUCCCUCCGAGCCUCUCCAAUCUGAGUUACCUUCAGAAACUAGACCUCAGCGGUAAUACAGGUAUUGAGAAGCUUCCUGACACUAUGGCCAAGUUGAAGAAUUUGUACUCCCUAAACCUCAGCGGGCUGAAGAUUAAGGAGCCUGCUAGCGUUGUGUCCAUCAUGCAGGAGAAAGAACAUAAGACAAGGAAAAUCCUGGAGAAACUCAACGAGCGCUUCUUGAAGUGCAGUCCCUACAGAGGGAUGAAACUCAUGCUGGUCGGACCAGAGAAAUGCGGCAAGACGUCCGUGUUGUCGUGCUUGACUAAGAGAGAACCCGAUGAUGACCUUGGCGUCAAUAUUUGCUCCUGGACUCUUCAGGACCCUGCUCGUCUUGUUGUCAAGCCGUCAUUGAAGAAGAAGCUGUUUCAUCCCAAGCCUGACCAGAGUACGUCUGGUCAGAAUGACGUCCACUUCUCAGCCUGGGAUCUGAAGGGCGGUGAAAUGAACAGCAUCAUCCAUCAGAGUUUCUUCACAGCGAGGGCGCUCUACCUCUUAGUCUGGGAUCUCCGGGAUCGUCUGGACGGAGUCGAGAAACUGAGACCGUGGCUGCUGAACAUUCAGUCCAGGGCUCCAGAAAGUGCUAUCAUCAUUGUUUCGACCCACCUUGACAAAGGACGAAAGAGUCAGAGCCUGGAUUCAAUCAGAGAAGAAAUCAGAUCAAAGUACAGUUGCCGAGACGGAUUUCCAGACAUCGCGGAGAUUGUCGAAGUGACGGGGACGACUCCUGAAGGUGAAGGGAUUAAGGAGCUUCGACACGCCAUCUACAAGACGGCCCUGGGAAUGAGGAUUAAGAAAAGAUGGGGUUCUGGAGCAGUGACUAGCACAUCUCUGAUUGGUCAAAUGAUACCACGUACGUUCACCAUUCUUCAAGAGAUCAUUGCAAGUGGGGCAGAUCGUUGUAAGCGAAGCAUUCCUCCACUGCCGCCAAUCAUGAAAGAUGCUGAACUGACGAGUCAUAUCAAGAAGAUUCCCGACAACAAGAUCGAAACCGGACAGGAUAUUGAGGAGGCGGCCGAGUUUUUGAGCAUCAGUGGAACCCUCGUUCAUUUCAGCGAUCAUCUGCAAGGCCUGACGAGCCUGUAUUUCCUUGACCCCGUCUGGCUGUACGACAUCCUCAGCAAUGUUGCCAACAUCAACUCCUCCUACGUCAAGGAGGGGCGCAUACACAGAUCCAGCUUGGAGGAACAGUUUAAGAAGAGUGGUUUCGGAGAAGGUCGUUUUGAGGAGUAUCAACAACUUCUGCAGCGAUUGGAGAUAGUGCUUCCAAUCAGCAGAAUCGAAUACCUGAUUCCAAGUCGACUUCCCAAGGAGAAACCAGGCCAGGAUUUUUCCCCGGUCCUAGAAGAUGGCGGCAAUACCUUCCAGGUUCUAGAACGUCUCUACAAGCUGCCUUACACCCCGCCAGGAUUCUGGAGUAGACUGGUGUCUAGAGUCUAUGUCUUUCUCAAGUUUUUGGGCGAAAAUGGAGGACGAAAGGUCAAGGCGAUUGCCAAAAGAGAUUUGAGGAGAGGGGUCCAGAUUAAGAGAUCAUCAAGAUUGAGGCAAAGUAUGCGAGUAGGACUGAAGUUGUCACGGACCAACAUCAUGUACUGGCAACAAGGCGUAUCAGUACAGCACAACACGGGUCAGAUCUUAUUGAAACCCAUCACCUUCCUAGGCGACAAGCCCGGCAUCUGUGUCAGGAUUAGCUGUCAUAUUGGCGAGUUUCAACCCAUGGGGUUCAUGGUGGAUCAAAUUGAGAACCUCAUCAAGGAAUGGUACCCAGGCCUGUUGGGAGUGGACGAAUUCACUGGGAAACCGUUGAUUGAGCGCCUCGUCCCCUGCCCAGUCUGCCGAAAACUGAGCGUCCAGACUGAACGUCCCUUGGCUAUGACUCACAAUCUUGAGAGUGAUGAAGUUUGUCAUCAUUUCUCCGUCAGUAAACUUGCUUUGUCAGCGACGAUGAAGGGUAUGGAGCACGCGGAGUGCCCUAGACAUCAGGAAGGUUUGAAGUUACGGAAACUCAUCCCCGAUCUUUACUUGAUAGAUCUACCUGUCGGGAUGCUGAAUAAGAAGGACUUUGAUUUUGAUCCUAGAGUAAGUCCGUCCCUUGGCAGUGGGGGCUACGGUGAGGUUUUCAAGGCCCAGUUCAGACGUGAGGAUGUCGCUGUCAAGAUGUUGAUCAAGUCAACGUUUUUCAACAGUCGGACGGAUUCCGGUUUGCAUUCCUCCGCAGAUGAGGAUAGUAAAAAGUCGAGUGCGGGCAGCGAUCGAUCCGAUAGCGGCAAACAGUCUGUAUCGCCCAAGUCGUACGACGAAAACAAUGCUGACGUCAAUGCCAUCUUUGUCAUGGAAGGGUUCUCCAACCUCCGUGGGGAAGUUGCCACUAUGUCGAAACUCCGACAUCCGUGUAUUAUUCACCUGAUCGGGAUCUCAAUCCAGCAUCUCUGCUUUGCCAUGGAGCUCGCGCCGCUCGGCGACCUUGCCAGUCUCCUCAAACGCGAAAUGGAAGCUCAACGGGGAUUCUUCACGAUCAACAGCAAGAUUUAUCGGACCAUUCUCGACCGCGUCCUGACUUUUAAGAUUGCCAUGCAGAUCGCCCGUGGAGUCUCCUACCUCCACAAGCAAAGGGUCAUCUAUUCGGAUCUGAAGACUGACAAUGUCUUGUUGUAUUCCAUGGACGUGGAGGCACCAGUUAACAUCAAACUGACGGAUUAUGGGAUAGCUCGGUCCAUGGAUCUGCAGGGCGCCAGGGGGCAAGCCGGUCCCACAGGCUUCUGUGCACCAGAGAUACAACGAGGGAGAACUUUCACUGAGAAGGUUGAUUGGUUCUCCUACGGCAUGCUUAUCUAUCAUCUAAUGUCUGGAGCAUGGCCUUACGAUAACCUCAAAUCUGCGGUCGAGGUUCGUAACGCCGUCAACAUGGGCAUCAAGCCCGGUUUUCAGUUCCGUGACUACACAAUCGUCUCGUUGUUCCCAAACCUUGAGAGAUUGAUGAUGAAGUGUUGGCAAGACAACCCUUUGAAGAGACCCAACGGGGAGGAUAUUGCCGGGAUGAUGCAGGACGCAAGCUUCACAUGUUUGAGAAACGUCCUUCGAUUUGAUAUGGAGGAGAUUACGUGUAUUCACCCUGGCGCGUCAGAGAUUUCAUAUGUUGAUGAUGAGAUGGAAUUGGUUGCCAAGGAUACGGACACAAACUUGGAAGACCAUCUCAAAGCAGGGGAAGACGAGAAACAAAAGCGGUGUCAUUCUCCGAGAGUUCGCAAGCAAUUCAACCGGAACUGCGAGCGGCUCUGGCUGUGGACAGGCGAGGGGGGUAGUCGUCGGUGUACCAAGAUUCAUAUCAGGUUUUUCAACGAGGGAGAACUUUACCCCAAAUCCAUUGUCGGAUCUCGAGCCAACUGUUUGGUUCAGGUUGGACUCUGGGAGCUCGUAGGCACAAAGGACAAUUCCAUUCAGCUGUUUGGUCCGCCUGACGUCGGCCCACAACAUAUCGUCCAUCAACACGAUUUCCAAUUGGACGCUGAGGUUGUCUGUCUCUGCUAUCAACCAAUCAAAGACAAGACCAUACAAGGCCACUUGUUUGCGGGUUUGGCCGAUGGUCAUUUGGUCAUCUUCAAUCACGCCGCCCCAGAGACCAACAGAACCAGCGUCGGCAGCAGAAGCAGCACCCACGAGCCCUGCUGGUUCAAGACUAAGACGUUAACGUUUGAGAAUAAACGUUGUAGCCAUCUGGAGUUGGUUGUUGAGAGGGAGGAACUGUGGAUUGCUUGCGGGACCAAGUUGCGGGUUCUCAGCACGGAGAUCAUGUUGCUGGAUGCAGCGAUCACCGUGACGUCUCGAGCAGAACACACCAUCUUGGGUCUGGCUCAUCACCAUGACAACCUCUUCUGCAUCAUUGACCGCUCCUCACGAGUCUUGCAGUACAGCAUGGCCACGAGGCAACUGGUGCAGAUCCUACAGUGCGGCAGGUUUGAGUUGGAGAAAGGGGUUUCUUUGAUAGCCGAUGAGGAGGAGGAGGUUGGAGAAGUUGAGGAGGUUGAAGAGGACAGCAAGUCAUCUCCAAGUUCAGACAGCAGUGAAGAUAAAGAAAUGUCUUUCCGAGACUCGUACUACAGUACUCCUGAGCAGCAGAUGCAACCAUCGUCCACGUUACCGGCUCCACCCAAACGCACCAUCACUGCAUCUUGCAAACAUCCCGGCAACUCCAGAGAUGACGCUGGCUUGCAUCGACCAUUCAGCGAAGGAUCCGAUCGUCGGCGAUGCAGUGUAUCGAUUCCCGAAGUCCAGGCCAUCCUUACUGUCAAGGAUACACUGUGGAUCGGCACAACACACGGCGACAUCAUCAUCAUGUGUGUAGAUCCCAACAACCGACAGGGGUUCAAGUUUGGUGAAGUGCUGGCUGUCAUGGGACUCUUCCUAGAAAAGGACGAUAAGAAACAGCCGAUCAAACAGCUCAUGAGAGCUGGGGAGGAACACGUCGUGGCUUGGCAGGAACUGAAGUUAUCAUCGCCAGGAUCUUUAGUCUCAGAUACCAGGGAGGAUAAGCUUCAUCAUUAUCAGCUUCUUGUCUGGCAAGCUUGGGGAUCCGAGGACGUAGGAAAGUUUGAUCACAUCCACACAAUGUUGAAUGGAGCUGAACAGCUGAGCAACUGAAAGAAACAAACAAGAUAAGCCUUGCCUAGAUGAAUUGGACCAAAUUCCUAGUUCAGUAUUUACGCUCGUCAGUCAGUGUCUCAGUCAACCAGUCUGUUAGUCAGUGGUUCAGUCGUGGUGUCUGUCUGUCUGUCUAUCAGAGACUCAGGAACUCGGUCAGUUCGUCAGUCAGUUUUUCACAGAGAUGGCACUUUUUCCGGUUUUAGCCGGAAUUCCAUUUGUGUUUUUAACUCCGUUCUUUUUUUCCGGCCGUCAAAAAAUAACUGGAAAAAAGAAAAGAAAAACUGUGGACACGCGUUGAUUUUUACCUCGUUAGCGCUCUCGAGUUUAGUACUUGUAGGCCUACAUGUUGUAAGGAUAGCGCAGGUACGGCACAACGUUGUUCGUUGAAGUAGUCUUAAAAACAAGUCUUUGUUGUUGCCGAGCCUGCAUGCGAUACAAGCG